AUGUUUUCCCGACGAAUUGCGGCAGCGCGACCACUGCGAACUUCCAUUAUCCCACGUCAAACAACCCUCAUAUCACAGAGAUGUGCCAGCCAGGCAGCUGCCCCCAGCGGCCCAGUUCUACCAUUGACCGAUAUUGAAGAUCCUGGCAUGAACGGAGGAUAUAUCAACCCACCCAGAAUCAAGCGUCAAUUCCGUGACCCUAAUGCCGACUGGUGGGAUAAGCAAGAGCGAAGAAAUUACGGAGAGCCAGUUCAUGAGGAUAAUGACAUCUUGGGCAUAUUUUCACCAGAAGAAUACACACAUCAAAAGGUCGGAACUGCUGGAUUUCAAUUUGGCAUUUUCAUUUUAUCUGUGUUGGGACUUUGCACAGUCGUGGGCAUGACGUACCCAGAUAAGCAAUCCGCUCCAAGAGAAUUUGAGGGUGGACUUGAGAGAGAAUUGGGUGGCCCAACUGCAGUCAGGGCCAGAGCUGCUGGAGAUCCAUUGUGA